GCUAUGUCGUGUGCCGUGAGCUCGGAUCCACCGACUGUGGCUGUGGACGGAAGCGCAUGAAGUCGGUGAGGUCAUGUUUCUGGACGCGAUCAGCCGAAGCGGCGAAAACUAACAGCCUUAAAACACGAUUAUUGUUUCCUCGAGAGGAUCGGAUCCUUCCGUGACAGGCAGGAAUAAUCUCCGCUCCAUUCUCCUGAGGACUCCAGAGGCCUGUAGUAUUUCAUGAGUUGGACGUGAGUGAGGGUUCCAUCAUGAAUAAGAACAGGAGAGAGUUCUACAGCACUGAUGUGGGCGACUCCACGUUCCGUGUCCUAAAGCGGUACCAGAACCUGAGGCCCAUUGGUUCCGGUGCUCAGGGCAUUGUAUGCUCCGCAUACGACAGUCAGGAUGAGCGGAACGUUGCGAUUAAGAAGCUGAGUCGACCCUUCCAGAACCAAACCCACGCCAAGCGCGCCUACAGAGAGCUCGUCCUCAUGAAGUGUGUCAACCACAAGAACAUCAUUGGGCUCCUAAAUGUUUUUACCCCUCAGAAGUCAUUAGAAGAGUUUGCAGACAUGUACCUGGUGAUGGAGCUGAUGGAUGCUAACCUGUGUCAGGUGAUUCAGAUGGAGCUGGACCACGAGCGCCUCUCCUACCUGCUCUACCAGAUGCUGUGUGGCAUCAAACACCUGCACGCAGCAGGCAUCAUACACAGGGACCUAAAGCCCAGUAAUAUCGUGGUCAAGUCGGACUGUACGCUGAAGAUUCUGGACUUCGGUCUGGCGCGGACAGCGGCCACCGGUCUGCUCAUGACGCCGUACGUGGUCACCCGCUACUACCGCGCCCCCGAGGUCAUCCUGGGCAUGGGCUACCAGGCCAACGUGGAUAUCUGGUCUGUGGGCUGCAUUCUGGCUGAGAUGGUUCGACAUAAGAUCCUCUUCCCAGGGAGAGACUAUAUUGACCAAUGGAAUAAGGUGAUUGAGCAACUGGGCACGCCCACUCAGGAGUUCAUGAAGAAGCUCAACCAAUCGGUGCGCACCUACGUGGAGAACCGCCCCCGCUACGCUGGCUACACCUUCGAGAAGCUCUUCCCAGACGCGCUUUUCCCCACAGACUCAGAACACAACAAACUGAAAGCGAGUCAGGCAAGGGACCUGCUGUCUAAGAUGCUGGUGAUUGACACCACGAAGCGCAUCUCAGUAGACGAAGCCCUGCAACAUCCCUACAUCAACGUGUGGUACGACCCAGCAGAGGUGGAGGCACCUCCUCCGCAGAUCAUUGACAAACAGCUGGACCAGAGAGAUCACACAGUGGAUGAGUGGAAAGAGUUGAUCUAUAAAGAGGUGCUGGACUGGGACGAGAGAGUGAAGAAUGGAGUCAUACGUGGACAGCCUUCUCCUCUAGGUCAGACAAGCUCUCCUCAGCGUCCCUCGUGCGUGCGUCAGAGCGAUGUGUCCUCCAUGUCCCUACCAUUGACCUCUGACCCUACCAUGACCUCUGACACGGACAGCAGUCUGGAGGCGGCGCUGGGGCCGCUCGGCUGCUGCAGAUGACCACUCCCAGCUCCACAAGCCCCGCCCACACAGGCCACACCCAGGAGGCUUUCCUAUUUUGAUUUAGAAUGAUUUCAUGUAAUUAAUUAAUAUUUUUUUUUAUUAUUAUUUAUUUACUUUGGUUUGAUUUGAUGUCAUUUCUAUGAGCAUUGUGUAAUGUACAGUGAUUGGCCAUCUGAACUAGAGGAGUUUAAGGUGGACUGAUUUUAAGGUGGACUGCUCCUUCUUAAGGUGGUCUUAAUGUUCUGAAGGUGGACUUGUCUUUCUGAAGGUGGUCUGCAAUUUUCAUAGAUCAGAUCUCUAGAGGAUGAUACAGGCUUUAAGUUCUAUCGGUGUGUGUGUGUGUGUGUGUGUGUGUUAAAGAGUCAUGGUUAACUGAUCAUGGUCUUGCGUUUCUAAACCAGAGCUGAGUCUGAGGGGGAUUAUUUUUAUACAGCUUUAUGUUCUCACCUUUCAAUGCUGCUUUUUUUAUUCACAAUCGACUGUGUGUGUGUGUGUGUUGUGUGUUUAUGUAUGUGUGUGUAUGUGUGCGUGUGAGUACGUGUGUGUGUGUGUAUGUGUGCGUGCGAGUAUGUGUGUGUGCGUGCAAGUACAUGUGUGUGUGUGUGUGUGCGUGUGAGUAUGUGUGUGUGUGCGUGCAAGUACGUGUGUUUGUGUGUGCGUGUGUGUGCGUGCGCGUGUGUGUGUCUAUCCUGUGCCAUGAGCGUCUCUCCAAACAUGCCACAUCCACUCCAGCAGCCUUGAGUAUUAUUCUGUCAUGCAGGAAGAGUGCCGGGUCUGAAAGAGUGUGUGUGUGUGUGUGUGUGUAGUAGAGCUGAGCUUGAUGUGUCAUACAUAUGUGUGUGUAUGUCUUUGUGCGUAUGUAUACGUGUAUGUGUGUGUGCGUGUGUGUGUGUGUGCACUCUUUAUCCUGCUCCUGCUCUUCCUUCACAGCUCCCAGAGGUGCUGCACACAUGUGUGUAUGAGUGUGAGAGAGAUGAGGUGCUGCAUGUGUGUGUGUGUGUGAGAUGAGGUGCUGCACACGUGUGUGUGUGUGUGUGUGCGAGAGAUUUGAGGUG